AUGCGCCUGAAAAGCUUGUGCAAGCGACGGCGCUACCCGAAAGUGCCGUUUGGGCUCAUGAGGUCCCCUGAUCACGUGUCUGUGGGCGGUCGACGGCAGCCCAGGGUCGCAAAGCCCGUCCUCAUGCUUCUGAAGGGGCACCCUGGGUGCGGCAAGUCCACGCUCGGUCGCAACGUGGCACGCUCCCUCGGAUGGUCUCUGGUGGACAAGGACGACGCCAAGGGCGCGCUGCAGCGCUGCGCCAUCGAGUGCGCGGGCGUGGACGCCGUCUCCUACGACAUCAUGUUCAGCGCGGCGCGGACGCUCCUGCGUGUGGGCCUCAGCGUGAUCGUGGACUGCCCCCUGUCCAGGAGGGCACUGUACGACAAGGCGAGCGCCUUGGCCGAGCAGAUUGGUGGUGGUGGAGUGUGA